UGCGCAAAAUAGUAUGCAGCAUCAUCUGGAAAUGUAUGUAACAAAAGUUCAACAUUCACCUUCUGCUACCAUUUCUGUCAAGCCAUCUACGCAUACAGUUUUGACGCAUAUGUUCGAUAAACCCAACGUAUGCACCACACCAAACGCACUGCAACUGCCUCUGCAACGCAGUGCUGCAAGGCAUUCACAGCGUUUCAUUGGAAAUUAAUGUAAUUCUGGUGUACCAAAAUGCAAAAACACUUUCAGUGUGUUUGAAGCGUUAGCUGUACUAUGAAAGGUCUGAGACAGGCGUUAGAUUACAGGCGUUAGAUUACGAGCGUUUUCAAGUGCAUUGUUAAUAACGAUGGUUUUGGGAAACAGCUCGGAGAUUUAACGAUGUUCCUACGAAGAUUUGAAUGAUUAACCUGGCUCUUAAAAUCUCCAUCUUAUUUACUUUUGACCCUCAGGUUGUGGCACAUAGCGUGCCAAGGGAAGGACUCUGAUGUCAUUGUGUUUGGGGGUAGUUGCGACUACAUCCUCCUUGUAGACACAGGUCACUGCAAUGAUGUACUUGUUUUCCAGAUCCAGCCCUACCACCUCCUUCGGAUAUGUGAGGAUUACAUAGCCAAGAAUGUGAAGAACUGCAAGCUGCUUCAAAAACAGCUUCCACGUAUGCCCCCAAAACUACUGCCAGCUGUACAGAGGAUAAUGUCCUUUUUUCGGACAUCUAGGAAAAUAUAGCAUUUUCAUAUGUAAAUAUUAGUGGGAAAUUAUCAAUAGUAGACUACAGUAAAUUGAUAAUACAGAGUUCAUAGUUCAUACUCUAUGUUCCACGAAUUACUGUUGAUAAGGCCUGCAGGGUAUGUGGGAAUAUUUAUCCUGCAGAAGAUUGUAGUUAAUUAUCAUUAUGUAUCCAUAUAUAUUUUUUAUGUUUUACAGUUUAUUUUAUAUUAUGACUGUGAAUGGGUGUGUUUUCUGCCUGCAAACAAGACUGUUGUAAUGUUUGAUAUCAUAAUUUUUACAACUACAACUUUGCUUUGGCCACCACUUUAUAAUAACAAUAUUAUAUAAAAAACUUUUGAAGACAGUCAUAAAAAUGUGAAUUCGUUAAAGUUGUAUUAUGGCUAUUACACAAACGCCACGCGAUUGGACAAGCCCUCUCCAGUACCUGGCUGCUGCGCUGCCUUGUUGCCAUGGUUUCGUCAACACACAAGACACUCGGCAGCUUGCUCCUGCGUUUACGCCACAACUCCGUGGUAACCUAGUCUACAAACAACUCAAAAGUACUGAGAAACUUUACUUUUGUCAGGUUGCGAAUGAUUUGCUGUAUAACAUCUGUUCAUAUUUCGUGUAACACCUUAAAAUAAUUGUAGUAAAGUUGUUGUUUUGUGCUGGGAUAGCAAAGCUAGCUACAAGAGUGAAAAGACUUUGUGGCUACAGUAGCCAAGUUAGCUUCUCGCACCAAUAUGGAGUUCGGUUCCAAACUCAAGGACCUGAAUAUGACACCGGAUGAAAUGGGCCGCUUUACCAAGGCUUUUCAAAAUGAGGAAUUCAGAAAGAUGCUGCACGAAUACGCAGAGGAAAUAUCAAAGCCAGAGAACAAGAAGAAAUAUGAGGAAGAAAUCAAGUUGUUAGAACAAGAGAGGGGCGUGGACAUUCAAUUUGUCCACCCCAAACCUUACCGAGCCCUGAAGACGAGUAUGGACGGUAGGCAGAAGUGCUUCAUCAAUAUCUGCAGCAAUGACAUGAUUCGUAAACCUGAGUUUAGGAGGGUAGACGAGGCUGGCAGAGUAGGGCAGCAUUGGUCACUACCCCACAGCUUGACACCUGGAACGCCAGACAGGGAUGCAAAGGGGAAUAAGUACACAAUCUAUGAUGUUGUGUUUCAUCCAGACACUAUUCACAUGGCUGGAAACAACCCAAGAUUUAUGGAAAUGGUUGACAACACUGCUGUUGAGGCUGUCGAGAAUGGGGGCAAAGUGAAGCUGGACAAAAACAAUGUAAGAGUUUUGAAAAUCAAAUACAAAGGGACACCACACGCUGCCGUCAUGCGCAAGCCCUUACCUGGUCAACCUGCCAAGGAAAAACCUUCACCACUUGACAAUCAUCUCUCGUUCCCCUACCCCGACGAAAAGCAACCAGAUACGGCAACAAAUCAAAAGGAGAGCCCUAUACCGAAGGCCGAGAUACAGUCCGACACCCAGAUCAGCCAGAGACAACAAAAUGUAAAUUCACCCAAGAAGCCAACGAAACCACAUUACACUCUAAAAUACAGAUCAUUCAUUGAUUUGCAAGAUUUCAGGUGUUCAAGAGAUUCAGCUCAGAGCCCACGCCCUAAAGAGAUUGUCAUCACUAUUGAUUUGCCUUUGCUUAGAUCUGUUGCGGAUGCUGAUCUAGACGUGACUGAAAGACUUGUUAGUUUGGAAUCCAAGAAACCAGCUUACAGACUAGAGGUGCCGAUGGCAUAUCCAGUGGAUGAAAACAAGGGAGAGGCAAAGUUCAACAAGCAAAAGAAACAACUGGUUGUUACUUUACCUGUUCUACCUCUGAAGGAGCCAACAGUCGCUGAAGUGUCUGGCCGGCAGCUUGUCAAUGAUGAUGGUGAAGAGGAUUUUGAGAAUAGUUGUGUAAGCGCAGCGCAGUCGGAAGACGCAACACGUGGCAAAGAAGAUACCCCCGACCACAACGGACGUGGCAAAGAAGAUACCCCCGACCACAACGGACGUGGCAAAGAAGAUACCCCCGACCACACCGGACGUGGCAAAGAAGAUACCCCCGACCACAACGGCAAAGAAGAUACCCCCUACUACAGUGGACGUGGCAAAGAAGAUACCCCCGACCACAACGGACGUGGCAAAGAAGAUACCCCCGACCACAACGGACGUGGCAAAGAAGAUACCCCCGACCACAACGGACGUGGCAAAGAAGAUACCCCCGACCACAGCGGUUGCAAUGAAGGGGACAGCUCAGAAGACGUUCACUCUGGAAAUGCUACAUCACUCCGGUCUGAAAAUCAACUAAUCUCAGUCCUGGAAGACAAGAUAGAGUUUUCUGAACAGUCUGGUGACAUUGAGGAGGACAAGCAACACAAACUGAAAAGUGGUGAAUCACACCAAGCUAAAGCUUCAAAGCCCACUGAGUUUGAUGGUAAGACUGGGUUCACUGACCAGAAUGAGGGACAGUCAGAUGACAAUAAUUUACAUGAUGAGGUGGAAACAGACCCAUCAUCCCUGAGCGAGAGAAUAGAUGACCCAUCUAACACUGCAGCAAUGGUCAUCCCAUCCAAUCUUGACAACAAUGACCAGGCCAAAGACUGCUCAUCCCCCAAGAUCGAAGAGAUAGUUGAAAGUCAAGCUCCAACUAAGGAUAAACAGAAGACUGUGCAAUUCAGUGAGCAUGUGCAGGUGGCUCAGUCUCAGGAGGAAGAUGACCUGCCUGCUGAGCAGACCUUUCAGGACUGUAAUAUGAGACCACAGCAAGUACUGCUGACAGAAAUCAACCAUGAUGGACAAGAGUUGGUCAUUUGUGAUCAUACUACAUCUGCUGGUUUCGUUUUUCAAAACUCCUUUAUCUAUGACCUGGACUGAGUCUCCUGUCAAGGAACUUGCUCCGUCACAAAGAUACUACAUGAAAUUUGUUGCUAAUUCAAUUCGUUGAGGUCUUGCGUGAAAACCUAAAAUCCUUUUAUCCAAUUGAGGGCAAUAGGGAAAAAAGUAUUUAAAAAGUUUCAGAAUAAGUGAAUGAGUAAGACUCCCAUGUCUUCAGUAUCAAUUUCAGAGAUCUCCUUUUGAAACAAUUUGAAUAAGUUAUUUCCCAUAUACUUCUUUCUACAAAAGGGGGGAAAGUUUACAUUUAGUAUGUUUAAGCAAUAAAGCCCAUAUACCGGUGU